AUGACAAACUCAAAGGUUUUUCUCGACGUCUCAAUCGGUGGCGUUCCCAAGGGACGUCUGGUGUUCGAAUUAUUUAACGAUGUGGUACCCAAGACUGCUGAAAACUUCUACAAACUGUGUGAGGGCCAGUCUGGAUUCGCUAAGAGCAGACCUGAUGUGCCAUUGAGCUACAAGGGCUCAAUAUUCCAUCGUGUCAUCAAGGGUUUCAUGUUGCAAUUUGGGGACUUUACAAAUUUUAACGGAACCGGAGGAGAGUCGAUCUAUGGCGAAAAAUUUGAAGACGAGAACUUCUCCCUCAAACAUGACAAACCAUUCUUUUUGUCCAUGGCCAAUGCAGGUCCCAAUACCAAUGGAUCGCAGGCAUUUUUGACCUGUGUUCCUACCCCUCAUUUGGACGGCAAACAUGUGGUUUUUGGUGAACUGAUCCAGGGAAAAAGGCUUGCGCGCACAAUCGAGAACAUUGCCACGGACUCUGGAGACAAGCCCGAAAAGGACGUCAGGAUCGACGAUUGCGGUGUCCUUCCUACGGACUACGUCGUUCCAGCAGACGCAGAACAGACCCCUACGGACCAGUACGGCGACAACUACGAGGAAACGCUGGCCGACGACUCGAAGGUCGACGUCGCGGACGUGGACUCUGUUCUAAAAGCUGUGAACGCUGUGAAGGAGAUUGGCACUACAUUAUUCAAAGCCCAAGAGUAUAAGGUUGCCCUUUUGAAAUACGAAAAGGCCUCCUCCAUGCUCAAGCAAUUUUUCCCUAAUGACUUGAGUGCGGAAAAAACGCGCGCUGUCGACCAGUUGCGCGUUUCACUGUUUUUGAAUAUUGCACUUUGCGCAUUGAAGAGCGGAGACUCUCAAAACGCUCUUACAGCUGCUACCGAAGUCGUCCACGACUCCGCUGCAGACGACAAGAGUAAAGCCAAAGCAUUGUAUCGCCGUGGUUUGGCCUACUACCACUUGAAGGAUGCCGAAAUGGCCCUUACGGAUCUUGAAUUCGCUACCACCUACCAGCAGAACGACGCUGCGAUUCUCAAGGCCAUCACAGACGCCAGAAAGCUAAAAAAAGAACAGGUUGCCAAACAGAAAAAGGCUUUCUCAAAAAUGUUCUCUUAG